UGGAGUUCAUCAGCUUACUUUUUUUGGAAACACUACUGAACUUUGACUUACGGUAACCAAAAGAAGGCAAAUGGGAAUUGCCAAUCACGAGAAGAAUCUAUCUCUCCACUCCAUAAAUAGCUCCUUCUCGAUUAUUGGUUUAUUUACUGAAGUGAUCUUUUUUUAGCUUUAUUAGAAUCAUAAACUUCUAAUCCAGUUUCCAAGAGAUCGUCAUGUCAUCAAUGAUGCCAGACUGGUCUCUCCUACCGGAGGAGCUGCUCCAUUUCAUAUCCCAGAACGUUGAGAACUGUUUCGAUGGUGUUCAUGCUCGCUCUGUUUGUACCUCGUGGCGAUCCAACAUUCCGUUUCCUUCUUGCCUGUUACGCACAAGUUACUCUCUCCCCACGUUUGCCCAGUUCCCUCUCGAAAACAAAGGCUCAUGCACCCUCGAGAAGAUCCCUCUGUUUCUCUUUAGAGUCAAAUCUCCUCCUCCUGCUGCUGCUACGUCACCUUGUGAGUAUUUCUUAGGAGGGAUAAGGCGAGAUGAGUCAGAGCAUCUUAUGGAGCUUCCAUCUCCCCUUCAGUGUUCAGUGAAAGUGAAUAUCCCAGGAAAUGAUCCAGCCUUGUUGAACGUGCUUGACUGCCAGAUCUUCCCUCUGGGUCAUCAGUGCAGAAUGAUUGGUUGGGAUCUUGAAGAAUGGAGGACGACAAACUACAGAGGUGUGGCUUUUCUUCCACUAAACAAUGGAGAGUUCAUUGUUCUUCUCAACUUCACUAAAUCAUUGUUUAUGUCAAGAAGUGAUGAAAUGAGGUGGAUACAGCUUAAGAAAUUUUCAGAUGCUUCGUGCGAGGAAAUAGUUCCUUUUAGAGGCAAGUUUUAUGGAACCAUUCUCAAUAGGGAUCUUUUCGUAAUUGAUCCUUAUUCGCUGGACGUGACUUCGUUGACGCCUUUGCAGCCUCUACGCUCGGUAAAGUAUCUGGUUCCAUCUGGCAAUGAUGAUGAACUUUUCCUAGUUGAGAAAAUCCUCCCUCCUACUGGUGUGUUAGAUUUUUGUCGGUUCGCAUGUAGAGUGAGUAAGCUAGAUGAUGAGGCUGGUAAAUGGGUUGAGGUCAGCGAUGUAGGAGGCCGUGUGUUGUUUAUUGGAUAUCCAGGAAAUGUUUCGUUCUGUGGUAAGGAGCUUCCUGAUGGUUGUGGUCUGAGUGGGGAUUCGUUGUUGUGCACCGGUGGGCCAGGGAAUGUCACUUACUCUUAUAAAUAUGGAGUAAACACAGGACGCGAGGAAGACGACCUCAACUUUUGGAGGAGAUUCUCAGGAGAGAACCGUGUGACGAUCAUUAACACAUCUCCUGUGGUGGCUCUCCAGGUUGAGCGCUAAGGCUGUAAAGUUUUACUUUUUGAUACCUUAAGUCAUCUGUUGGCAUUUCCUAUUGGUUUUUCUUAAAGAUUUUUGUCAUCUUAUGGUACGGUUAUAUGUGGAAAGGUAGAUCACUCGGUGUUCUAGUUUUAAUGUAUUUUUGUUCUUAAACUA